CAUUUAUGAACAAUGUUCGGCAGUACAUCCACAAACUGAAUUAUCUUUCAAUGGGAAUAAAUUCAAGGGACGUAACUCUAAGAUUGAUCUAUCAACCGCUCUGAAGAUGUCUACAUCAAAGUCAUUAUAUUUGGAUGGCAACCACAUGAAUUAUCUCCUUGCACAUGUUGAUACAUUUCUUUUCGACUGCGAUGCUGAUGAUGCCCAUUCUGAGUAUUUCACUUUUUGGAUAACUCCAAUUUUUUCUAGUCUCUGUGUUUUAUGGAGACAUUUGGAACCUAUCCCUGGAGCGUCAGAUACUGUUAAAAAGUUGAAGAAACUGGGAAAGAAUGUGUUCUUUGUAACCAAUAAUAGUUCCAAAUCUAGAAAAGAUUAUUGUAUUAAAUUCUCACAGUUAGGUUUUGAAGUGAAAGAGAGUGAAAUCAUCAGUACAGCUUACAUUGCAGCAUUGUACCUUCAUGAACGCAACUUCAGAGGCAAAGUUUAUCUUGUUGGCUCUAAAGGUAUAGCUGACGAACUUGAUAAUUUUGGCAUUCAGCAUACAGAAGUUGGGAUUAAAUGUGUUCUUGUUGGUUUUGACCAGCACAUCAGCUAUAUGAAAAUAUUGAAGGCAGCCAGUUACAUCAAAAAGAAAAAAUGCUUAUUCAUAGCUACUAAUGAAGAUUCUAACUUACCAAUACCUGGAGAUGUUAUUAUACCUGGUACGGGUACCAUGGUUUCUGCUGUAAAAAUCCCUUCACAAACUAAUCCUGUUGUCAUUGGCAAACCACAUCCUGUUAUCAUUGAGUUACUCAAGAAACGUGAUGGCCUUAAUCCAUCUAGAGCCCUUAUGGUUGGUGACAGAUUAAAUACUGAUAUUGCUUUUGCUAAAAACCAUAAAUUAAAGUCACUUUUAGUAUUGAGUGGCAUCUCAAAUUUAGAGGACAUUCAGGAAGCUGAAAAGAAUCCUUCUGAUGAAAACCCUUACCCAGAUUAUUACUUACCUUCACUAGCUGAGUUUUCUCAAUUGUUACCCAAUUAGUUUGCUAUCUGAAACACAUCAGCAGUGCAAAUAAUUAAAAUAUGUUAAUAAGACAAAGCUAAUGAUUGUAGUUCUGUUUAUUAUAAACCUUCGUGGAAAAUGAAGUUGGUAUAUUUUAAAUUAAACUAGAAACAUAUCCAGCUUCAUAAAAUAUAGCUAACUCUGCAGAACUAAUUCUUCAUUUAAUAUGUUCUGCCUUGUUCUUUGAACUUAGAACUUCUCUAAAAUAAUUAUUAAAUUGUUAGUAUGUUGUAUACAAUCUCUUCAUGAAGUCUGCUUUGAUAUAUGAUUUGUUAUUUAAAUUUCAAGAAAUUGGAAUUAAAAGAUCCACAAAUUCUGUUCA